UGCUGACAUGUCCUCUAAGAGCGCCAAUUACUGUUUCGCCACCCGUGAGAGAGACAUUGGCCUACUCUUGCUUUCAGAGGUGGCUCUGGGCGAAUGCAACGAACUGCUGGAGGCAAAUCCCGAAGCCGUGAAUUUGCCGCCCCACAAGCACAGCACCAAAGGGCUCGGCAAGCUGGCCCCGGCCAACAGCACCACUCUGCAUGAGGCUGUUGUUCCUAUGGGUCCAGUCGGGGAGACAGGUGUGGUAAACCCCCACGGCUACACCCUGAACUACAAUGAAUUCAUCGUCUAUGACCCGCAGCAGGUGCGGAUGAGGUAUCUCCUCAAGGUGCACUUCAAUUUUACUCAGCUCUGGUGAGAGCGGGCAGGUGAAGACUGACGGAAGGAAGACAGAUUCUUUUCCCGCCUUUUUGAGUGCCUUCAGCUAGAGGGAGACUUAAAAGGAUCAACCCCUUGCUGCUGAUUGACGUUCCU